UGGGUCCGCCAGCGUCCCACAAUCCUUUGCCCUCGGUUCCUCUUUCCUCGCUCAAGAUGGCGCUGCGCGCGAUACAAUCUUCACGCUGGGCAGCCGCCGGGGCUGCUUUCGAAAAACGCCGGCAUGCCGUGUUUCUGAUCCGACAUCUAGUCUCUGUCCGUGGCGCAGGUUCUCACUGGAGAUCACGGCAGCUUGGCGUUUCGGGAACCGCUCGAAUUUCCCAGAUCCCAGAGUCAUUAAGAUAUACUAUAUGGCAGAGACUGGGAAAAGGCAACUCAAGACAGAUACUAGAUGUUACCAGGGGUCUCCAGGCUUGGCCACUGAUAGAAAAGAGGACAUGUUGGCAUGGUCAUGCAGGAGGAGGACUCCACACAGACCCAAAAGAAGGGUUAAAAGAUGUUGAUACUCGGAAAAUCAUGAAAGCAAUGGUUUCUUAUGUGUGGCCCAAAGACAGGCCAGAUCUACGAGCUAGAGUUGGCAUUUCCUUGGGAUUUUUGGGUGGUGCAAAGGCCAUGAAUAUUGUGGUCCCCUUCAUGUUUAAAUAUGCUGUAGACAGCCUCAACCAGAUGUCGGGAAACAUGUUGAACCUGAGUGAUGCACCAAAUACAGUUGCAACCAUGGCAACGGCAGUUCUGAUUGGCUAUGGUGUAUCAAGAGCUGGAGCUGCCUUUUUUAAUGAAGUUCGAAAUGCAGUAUUUGGCAAGGUGGCCCAAAAUUCAAUCCGAAGAAUAGCCAGAAAUGUCUUUCUUCAUCUGCACAACCUGGAUCUGGCUUUCCACCUGAGUAGACAGACAGGAGCUUUAUCAAAGGCUAUUGACAGAGGGACAAGGGGUAUCAGUUUUGUCCUGAGUGCUUUAGUAUUUAAUCUCCUUCCCAUCAUGUUUGAGGUGACUCUUGUCAGUGGUAUUUUGUAUUAUAGAUGUGGUGCCCAGUUUGCAUUGGUAACCCUUGGGACUCUUGGUGCAUACACAGCAUUCACAGUUGCUGUUACACGGUGGAGAACUAGAUUUAGAAUAGAAAUGAACAAAGCGGAUAAUGAUGCAGGUAACGCUGCCAUAGACUCGCUGCUGAAUUAUGAAACUGUGAAGUAUUUUAAUAAUGAAAACUAUGAAGCACAAAGAUAUGAUAGAUUUCUGAAGACAUAUGAAACUGCUUCAUUGAAAAGUACCUCUACUCUGGCUAUGCUGAACUUUGGUCAAAGUGCUAUUUUCAGUGUUGGUUUAACAACUAUUAUGGUGCUCGCCAGUCAGGGAAUUGUGGCAGGUACCCUUACCGUUGGAGAUCUAGUAAUGGUGAAUGGACUGCUUUUUCAACUUUCAUUACCCCUUAACUUUUUGGGGACUGUAUAUAGAGAAACUAGACAAGCACUCAUAGAUAUGAACACCUUGUUUACUCUACUCAAGGUAGACAGUCGAAUUAAAGACAAAGCAAUGGCAUCUCCCAUUCAGAUCACACCACAGACAGCUUCGGUGGCCUUUGAUAAUGUGCAUUUUGAAUACAUUGAGGGACAGAAAGUCCUUAGUGGAAUAUCUUUUGAAGUUCCUGCAGGAAAGAAAGUGGCCAUUGUAGGAGGUAGUGGGUCAGGAAAAAGCACAAUAGUACGGCUGUUGUUUCGCUUCUAUGAGCCUCAAAAGGGUAACAUUUACCUUGCUGGUCAAAAUAUACAAGAUGUGAGCCUGGAAAGCCUUCGGAGGGCAGUGGGAGUGGUGCCUCAGGAUGCUGUCCUCUUCCACAAUACCAUUUACUACAACCUUUUAUAUGGAAACAUCCAUGCUUCACCUGAGGAGGUGUACGCGGUGGCAAAAUUAGCUGGACUCCAUGAUGCAAUUCUUCGAAUGCCACAUGGAUAUGACACACAAGUAGGGGAACGAGGACUCAAACUAUCAGGAGGAGAAAAGCAAAGAGUAGCAAUUGCAAGAGCCAUUUUGAAGGACCCCCCAGUCAUUCUCUAUGAUGAAGCCACUUCAUCAUUAGAUUCAAUUACUGAAGAGACUAUUCUUAGUGCCAUGAAGGAUGCAGUCAAACAUAGAACUUCUAUUUUUAUUGCACACAGAUUGUCAACAGUGGUUGAUGCAGAUGAAAUCAUUGUCUUGGAUCAGGGUAAGAUAGCUGAACGUGGUACCCACCAUGGUUUGCUUGCAAACCCUGGCAGUAUCUAUUCAGAAAUGUGGCAUACACAAAGUAGCCGUGUGCAGAACCAUAAUAACCCCACAUGGGAUGCAAAGAAAGAAAAUAUGUCCAAAGAGGAGGAAAGGAAGAAACUACAAGAAGAAAUUGUCAACAGUGUGAAAGGCUGUGGAAACUGUUCCUGCUAAGUUGCAUGAGACAUUUUUUUUUGACACAUUUGCACUGAAGCAGAAUUGUUUUAUUAAAAAAAAAUCAUACAUUCCCAUUUUCUAUAAUCCUUUUUAGAUAAGAUUUGUUUGAAAAGAAAUUUGAGUUUUACAUCUUUCACAAUAUUUAAUGUGACAUAUGCAUUUAGCUCCAAAUUACCUUCUUGUUACUGCCUUAGUUAUGCCUAAAGCAUGUUUUUUGUUACUAUUUCACUUUGCCCCAUUUCCGUUUUGGGGGGCCUGAUAGCCAUUUGAUAUCCAUAAUCAGAUGAAUUACAUUGGAUUCCAAAUUUUAAUAGUUUUUUUAUUUUAAGUCUCCUUUAUGCUUACAGUUUAGAUGAAAAAUAUCCAUUACUUUUUUUUUCUUUUUAAAAGAGGACAGUGUAGGUUCAUUGUUUCUCCUCUUCCCUCCCCGCUGACAUACUUCAAAGAUAGAUACCUACACCUUCAUUUUUUAAAGUCUGCCACUGUAUAGUUUUUGGAGGAAAAACCUUAAUUCUCAUGUAUGUAUGUAGAAUGUUCUUCAUCAUUAACCAGCAUCUCUAGCAGUGGGAAUUUUAUUUUUUCAUCAGAAUGAGUUAUUGCUCUUGUUUGGGACCAAAAUUUAUGCCUUUCUCUUUAACACUUAAAACCCUGAUGUAAUUUGACAGUUGUACUGGGAAUGAUCUAAAAAGCUUAGAAAGUUAAUUACCCUUCUAUUUCCAUCUUAACUAGAGUGCUUUUGCUGUCUGAAGCUAUAUGAAGAAAAAACUAAAUGGAAUGUAUGCAUACACAGUUAUGUGUGUGUGCACAUGCUCACAAUUGUAUAUAGAGCAACAACCACUUAAAGAUUAUUAAUGACCUUGAGGUAAAUAGGAGAAAGUUAAGUAUAUAUACUCUAGAUGAUUGGGACUUUAAUCAGUGACACGUCAGAAUUUAUUACAAGAUCUUCCCUUCCUUCUUCAGUAAUUUAAUGAGUUCCUUUAAAUGUGACUUAACAAGGAAGAGCCCAAACAAAAUGAUCAAGUUUUACUUGUUAAUAAAAUGUUGGUAUAUGUUCA